AUGGCCAUGGCCGUGAGUUUUGGAAUCCAGUCCUGGAUUGAAGGAGGAGUUGUUGCUGCUGUCAUUAUCUUGAACAUCAUCGUCGGAUUCUUCCAGGAGUACGCGGCUGAAAAGACCAUGGACUCCCUACGGUCAUUGAGUUCGCCAACCGGUACCGUCUCUCGCGACGGGGAGACCAAGGUCAUUCCCUCCACGGACAUAGUUCCCGGAGACAUGGUGGAACUCAAGACCGGUGACACUGUUCCCGCUGAUAUCAGGCUUGCUGAAGCCGUUAAUUUUGAAACGGACGAAGCACUUCUCACCGGCGAAUCCCUCCCCGUUCAGAAGGAUUCCGAGCUUACCUUCAAAGAAGACGUUGGGCCCGGAGAUCGUCUGAAUCUUGCAUACAGCUCCUCUACCGUAACCAGAGGCCGUGCUCGCGGAGUCGUAGUGGCGACUGGAAUGAAAACUGAAAUUGGAUCCAUCGCUGCCGCUCUCCGUGCGUCUGAUAGCAAACGUCGACCCGUCAAGCGUGGACCGGGUGGUGAAACGAAGAAACGCUGGUACCUCCAAGCCUGGACUUUAACCGGAACCGAUGCUGUUGGAAGAUUCCUGGGCGUCAACGUGGGAACCCCGUUGCAAAGGAAAUUGUCUAAGCUCGCUUUGAUCCUUUUCGGUGUUGCCGUUCUAUUCGCGAUUAUCGUCAUGAGUGCGAACAAAUGGAGCAGCUCAAACGAAGUCAUCAUCUAUGCAGUGGCUACUGGCCUGAGUAUGAUCCCCGCAUGUCUUGUUGUGGUUUUGACAAUUACCAUGGCAGUUGGAACGAAGCGAAUGGUGCAGAGGAACGUCAUCGUCCGAAAACUCGACUCUCUUGAGGCUCUUGGUGCCGUUACAAACAUCUGCUCCGACAAGACCGGAACAUUGACCCAGGGUAAAAUGGUUGCGAAAAAGGCUUGGGUCCCCUCUAUGGGAACAAUAUCAGUGGGAAAUUCCAACGAACCGUUUAAUCCUGAGAUUGGCAACAUUACCAUCCAAGCAGUGCCACCGGUUCAGCUUGACGAUAACAACCAGGAAGCCGUCGUUCCGCAAGAUCUGGUAACCCACGAGGCUUUGGAACAGUUCCUCAACGUUGCUGCCAUGGCAAACCUCUCUCACGUUUAUAAGUCCGAAGCUGGAGAGUGGCAUGCUCGUGGUGAACCAACCGAGAUUGCCAUCCAGGUCUUUGCUUCUCGCUUCAACUGGAAUAGGGAUCGCUGGACCAAAGGAGACAGCGUCGUAUGGCAUCAGAAAGCCGAAUUUCCAUUCGAUUCGGACGUGAAGAAAAUGUCAGUCAUCUAUCACAAGAUCACCUCGACCGAAGACCGGCAGAUGGUCUUCACCAAGGGAGCCGUUGAGCGCAUCAUAGAUUCCUGCACUUCCAUCGCACUAGACCCGGCAACUGGCACGACCCCCAUGACUGAUGAUCUGCGGGAUCAGAUCCUCGAGAACAUGGAAAGUUUGGCUAAACAAGGACUUCGUGUACUAGCCCUCGCUGGUCGUGAAUACACCGACUCUGUAUUGGAAGAUGCUGAAAUAAAUCGCGAGGACGUCGAAACUGGGCUUCAGUUCCACGGUCUGAUUGGCCUGUACGAUCCUCCUCGUCCGGAAACGGCUGGUGCUAUCAAGGAGUGCUACAAUGCUGGAAUUGAAGUCCAUAUGGUCACCGGUGAUCACCCUGGUACGGCUCGCGCUAUUGCUGCCCAGAUUGGUAUUGUCCCUGCCGACAUGAGCACUCUCUCCAAAGAUGUGGCAGACGCAAUGGUGAUGACAGCCGGUCAGUUCGACAAAUUAUCCGAUGAAGAGAUUGACAACUUGCCGACUUUACCACGUGUUAUCGCCCGGUGUGCUCCUCACACCAAGGUCCGUAUGAUCCAAGCAUUGCAUAGACGCGGCCGUUUUGCCGCCAUGACUGGUGAUGGAGUCAAUGAUUCGCCGUCCCUCAAGCAUGCUGAUGUUGGUAUUGCAAUGGGUCAAGCCGGAUCAGAUGUUGCUAAGGAUGCUUCCGAUAUCGUUCUGACUGACGACAACUUCGCCUCGAUUCUUAACGCAAUUGAAGAAGGCCGUCGUAUCUUCGAUAAUAUCCAGAAAUUCGUUUUGCACUUGCUCGCUGAAAAUAUCGCCCAAGCCUGUACCCUAUUGAUCGGGUUAGCAUUCAAAGACCAAAACGAUCAAUCCGUUUUCCCAUUGGCACCCGUCGAAAUCCUCUGGAUUAUUAUGAUUACUUCCGGAAUGCCAGAUAUGGGUCUUGGUAUGGAAAUUGCCGCACCUGAUAUCAUGGACAGGCCACCACAGAGCAAACAAGGAAUUUUCACGACUGAAAUCAUCGUUGAUAUUCUCGCUUACGGCCUUUGGAUGUCCGCUCUUUGCCUUGCCGCUUUCUCGCUUGUUAUGUUUGGGUUCGGCGAUGGGAAUCUCGGAGUUGGUUGCAACGACCGGUAUUCUCCUGAAUGCGAUACUGUCUUCCGCGCCCGUGCUACCACGUUUGUUUGCCUAACCUGGUUCGCCCUUUUCCUUGCCUGGGAGAUGGUCAAUAUGCGCCGCAGCUUUUUCCGAAUGCAGCCAAAGUCCAAGAAGUAUUUCACCCAAUGGAUGUACGACGUCUGGCGCAACCAAUUCCUAUUCUGGGCAAUCAUGGCUGGAUUCAUCACCAUUUUCCCUCUUCUUUACAUUCCCGUCAUCAACCAUGACGUCUUCAAGCAUACCGGAAUCAGCUGGGAAUGGGGUCUUGUCUUCAUCGAGGCUUUCCUGUUUUUCGCGGGUGUCGAAGCCUGGAAAUGGGGAAAACGUGUCUUCUUCCGACGUCGCGCCAGAAAGCAUCAAAAGGUCCCUCAUGGUGCUGGCGAACGGGUUCAAGACGAUGAGCAAUGA